AUGGCGGACGAAACUUGUCUUGUUGUACGUGCAGCAAUCUCCUCGAGAUUUCUUCUUCUAGUUUUUCAAGUAAAUAUAGUUGUGGCCUGAUGUCAUUAUUCCAAUUAUUGUGUUGAUAUAUGGUAUUUUUUUUUUCUUUUGCAGUUUGCUGCUAAUGAAUUUAUUGAUGAUUACGACACUUCCAGUUUUACAGGAUUUAUUGAAAAAACAAAACUUAAAACUACGUGGUGCGACUGGAUAUUUCAGAGAGUUUUUGGAGGAUUUGGAAAGUGGGAUGCAGAGUAUUUUCUGCAAAUAUCAGAAGAAGGUUACGAGUAUGAACAGUAUAUGGCUUUCUUUCCGCUGUAUCCUUGGAUAUUACGAAUUUCAGCACUCAUGUCUCACCCCAUACUUCAAUAUUUUGUUUCUCAACAACGCAGUGCUAUAUUAGCUUGUGGAUGGCUUUUAAACACAGCGUUUUUCUCACUGGCAGCAAAGUCGCUUUACCAGCUGUCUCGUACUAUAUUUGGGAGAAAUGAUGUGGCUUUGAUGUCAUCUCUUUUGUUUUGUUUUAACCCUGCAAGUGUGUUUAUGUCAAGUCUGUAUACAGAAAGUUUGUUUUGCUGUCUCCAAUUCACUGCUUUGUAUUACCUGGAACAAGAGAAAGCUACAAUAGCUUUACUGCUCUUUGGACUCGGUUGUGCAACACGUUCAAAUGGCAUCAUAUCAUGUGGUUUUGUGGUGCAUAAAAUAUUAAAGCGCUUUGUCUCAUAUGAACUAAGUUCUUUUAAAGCAUCAUCAAAUAAGUGGACGUUGAAAUUUCCAAAUGUAUCCUCAUCAUUUGCUGUUAUUUUGAAAGUAAUAAUUUCGAUCAGUAUUGUGCUGAUGCCAUUUAUCUUUUUCCAGUUUUACGGGUACAGUCUGUAUUGUACACCUGUUGUUAAAGCCAGGGUGACUCAUCACAAGUCAUGGUGUGGCAGGUGGCCUCCAUUUCCUUACUCAUACAUUCAGAAAGUGUACUGGAAUGUAGGAUUUUUACGUUACUUUGAACUAAAGCAAAUACCAAAUUUUUUUCUUGCUACACCAAUGAUUAUUUUAAGUUCAUGUGCUGUGUUGACAUACUGCUGUAGUCACAAGAAUCUUGAAGUUGUUACAACACUUGGUCUGUUACAAAGAAAAUGCGAACUUAAUGAAAGCAUGACAAGGUGUGUAGUAUAUACUUAAUAAAAUUACAUGUACUUUAUUCCUUACACAUUUUCUGUGAAAGUGUCUCUUAUAAUGGUAUUAUUUUAGAAGCUACAUUGUACAGUAAGGCCUUAGAAAAUAGUUUAUAAAUAUUAUCAUCAUCCAUAGGGUAGUAUAAAAUGAACUGAAAUUAAAUUAAAUCAAAUUAAAUUCAGAUUGAAAUUUUUUUACUUAGGUUGAUUUUCAAUUUCUUUUGUCUCCUAUUCAUGAAUUAGAGGGGUGGCUAAUGGUAAAAUCCGAGACUCGCCGAGACCCUAGUUAGAAAUCCAAGCCCGAGACUCUUUGGUAAAAAGUUUCGAGACUCAAAAAAAGUAAAAACAAACCAUGCAAAAACGAGACUUCGAGACUUAUCAAAAACGCUUCCGAGAUUUCGAGAUCCUGUUAAAAUUUUCCGAGACCCACGUUUUUCGAGGUACCAUUCGCCACCCCUAAUUAAGGCUAGGUGACAAACAAAAUUGAGAAUCAAAUUCCAGGUGAAAAAAUUCAAUUUUUCUGAAUUAUUUUAAAUUUGACCUGUAACGUGUAUUUCAUUCUGUCUUGAUCUUGCCCAAUAAAGCUUGAAAUGAUAAUGACGACGACGAUGAUGACGAUAAUAAUAUUAAGAGUAAGAAUAAGAAUAAGAAGAUGUUGUACAUGUACAUGUUAACACUAAGGGUGCAUUUCUUAUCACCUUAUUAUGGAAGGCAUGUCAUUUUGCAGUCCUAGUCCUCUAAGGUUGGCUUGGGGAUGCUCAAUACACAGCUGUAUAAUAGAGGACUACUUAAUGAUGUCUGGCCAUUUGGAUACCUUAACUGUAUUUUGCCAACAUUAAACUUUCUCUAUUUCAAUAGGAGAUCAAUUCAUCAGACAAGAUAUCAAAAAGAAGAUGGUGAAUUCUAUAACAGUCCUUCAGUCUUCGUGUUUGUUGUUCAUCUUGCAUUUAUGACACUGUUUGGGUUUACCUCAAUGCAUGUUCAGGUUAGUAUGGUGUUUCUCUUUGUGUAAGAAAAAAGUGAUUUAUGAGAUAUUUAUUACAGUGUGAAGAAAAUGUGCAUCAUCCUGUUUUUAAGUUACUGUAAAAUUCCAAAGAUAUGCCCAGAGCUUAUAUUUUUCGAAGGGCUUUUUUGAGGGGCUUAUUUUUGGAGGGGCUUAUAUUCGGAGCUAGGGGCUUAUCUAUGGAGGGAAAUUGUGUUUCAAAAUGGAUUGGGCAGCUUUAUAGUUGGAAGGAAAUUUACCCUUUUUGCUUUGUUUUACUUUGUAUUUGAGGGCAAUUUCCGAGUACAAGCCCCCAGGAGGGGGGGUUGGGGGGGGGGGGGGGGGGGGGCUUAUUUUUAAUGGGGCAAUUAGGGGGGGGAUUUACUAUGGUUUUUUUUUUUUCUUUGACGCGGGUCAUCCCCAGAUGGGUUUUCUCGCCUUCUCCUCUCAUUUACUGGUACGCUGCAUCUGUCAUCCUCAGUGUUUCUCCUGAACCACCAUACAGACCCUCAGAAAGAAAAUGAUUUUAUGUGGGGUGGGGGUUUAUUUUGUGGGGGAUAUGUUGUUUUAAAAGGGGUUGGGGAGGUUUUUUAUUGGGGGGAAUUUUUCCCUUUUUUUUUUUUUUUUUUUUGUUUUUGGGGGGAAUUUCCGGGGACAAGCCCCCGGGGGGGGGGGGUGGGGGGGGGGGGGGUGGCGGCUUAUAUUUAAUGGGGCAAUUAGAGGAGUGAUUUACUAUGGUAUUAUUUUUGUCAUUGACGCAGGUCAUCACCAGAUUGGUUUUCUCAGCUUCUCCUCUCAUUUACUGGUACGCUGCAUAUGUCAUCAUCAGUGAUUCUACUGAACCACCAUACAGACACUGCAGAAGCAAAUGGAAGUCUCAGUUGAUUCUUGGAUAUUUUCUCUUGUACUUCUUCAUUGGCACUGCUUUGCACUGCAAUUUUUACCCAUGGACGUGAUAGACUUGGAUUGUAAAUGUAAUCUAUAGGUCAUUGUCAAGACCAUUUUCAUCAUGGAGCUUAAUUCCAUAAUUGUAACGUGAACUGCUAUGAGGGUCAAUAAUAGGGUUCUUCAAUCCUGUUAUCCCAACCCAAAUUUUCACUCAUUAAUCCCAUAAUCUUGAUAGGUAUUUUCAACAUCCCACAAUCCUGUUCAUGCUUUCAAUCCCUUAUUUACCCCCAUUAUGCUUUGAAAUGCAAGACCCUGAACAAACCUACUAAGGAUCCAGACUCUCAGGUUAGGUUGCAUUACAACACUUUUUCCCUUGGAGGUACUCCUGGGAAUUCUUGUUGUGAGUGUGCCACCCCAUUCUUCCAAAUCCUGACCUUAUGUUACACCAAAAAAGGUAAUUUUCCACACCCAUUUUUAAACCUGGCCUCUAAAAUCCACACCUGUUUUCAGACCUGGCCUCUAAGAAAUUAUGUCUCCAUUAAUAAAACAUACACUCCUGUAGUUCCCUUGAAUACCUUGCCUGAUGGGCAAAGUCAAUACCUGUUUUUAGACUGAAACGGUGCAAAAACCAUACCCUUUGGGUGGCACAUACCUAUAUGGCUUAUAUUGGGGAGCACCCCCCGAAAAUUCAGUAGGUCAAAGAAGAUUACGAUAUAGGAUAACUGGUACGCAGAC